AUGUGGGUUACAUCUUCAGGUGGCGUCUCAGACAUCUGGAAUGCCAAGACGGUUGACCUUGGCCUAGAAAAGAUAAGGGGCUGCAUUUGCACAGUCUGGAAGGCGGUGGGCUGGAGGCUGAUCGCCCUUUCCCUGGGCCUCUACGGACUCCUUUACGUCUACGAGCGCCUCACCUGGACCACGAAGGCGAAAGAGCGAGCCUUUAAGCGCCAGUUUGUGGACUACGCCGGGGAGAAGCUCCAGCUCAUCGUCAGCUACACCGGCUCCAACUGCAGCCACCAAGUGCAACAGGAACUGGCGGGAACCUUCGCUCAGCUUUGCCAGCAGGUGGACGUGACGAGAGAAGACCUGGAGAAAGAACUUGCCGGCCUGAAUCAAAAGAUUGAGAUUUUGGAUACUUUACAGAGCAGAGCCAAAUUACUCAGGUGUGGCGCUGCCAAAGUUUCUAUGUUUGUCACUGCUGGGUGGUGUGGCGGGUGUUGA